UCUCUCUACCUUCGAAAAAUUAUCCAAACCUCAGAGAAACCCUAAAACAACAAGAGCGGUUCCCCCCCCUCUCUCUCUCUCAGGCGCGCCCCCUCCGCUCUGUUCGAUGGCCGGGUACCGCAGCCGCAGCCGAAGCCGGAGCUACAGCCCACGCAGGAGGUACAGCCGAAGCCCUCCCCGCUACAAGCACUACGAUGACCCGCGCGACCGCUACCGAUACCAGGGCGGGGGCGGCGGCGGCGGGCCACGCCGCGGAUAUGACCAACCGCCGGCGCCGACCGGGCUUCUGGUCCGUAACAUAUCCCUCACCGCCAGGCUAGAAGACAUUCGGGGUCCAUUUGAGCAGUUUGGUCCUAUAAAGGAUGUGUACCUUCCAAGGAAUUUUCACACAAAGGAACUACGUGGUUUUGGGUUUGUGAAAUUCCGCUACUCUGAGGACGCUGCAUAUGCCAAGCAAGAAUUGAAUCAUCAAGUUAUAUGUGGUCGAGAGAUUUCAAUAGUUUUUGCUGAGGAGAAUAGAAAAACCCCACAAGAGAUGCGCUUCAGAACAAGAACAGGUGGAAGGCAUGAUGGAAACUACAGAAGAAGGCGAUCACUAUCAAGAUCCCCGAGAUCGCGCUACCCCUCUUAUUCACCUGAACCUUCUCCAGUUAGGCGUCACUCCAGGGACAGGGGUGACCGUGAAAAAUAUUCUCCUGGGGGGUCACACUCUCCACAUGCCCGGGACAAGGGCCACUACAGGUCAAAUGGUCGAUCUCCUAGCCCAGAUGGACAAGAGCGUCAGAUAUCACCAUCCCAUAAUGGACAUGGUCUACCAGUUGAUAGGAGGAGCCCAACUUGAUCCCAGUCUUAAAGCCUGAGAUAAAAUUUCAGUUUGACAGCUUUGGACAACGGGGCGGUGAAGGCAGAAAACUACAGCGCAUAACGCAUUGUGGCAAUGCUUUCUUUUCAACAUUGUUCUCUAAUCAGUAGGUUCCGUAUUGAGCAGAUGUUUGUGUUCUGGACGCGUUGGACGUUAGUUCAGCUCCGUUGGUGACAUCUUGUGGGCUCUAUGCUUGCUUUUGCUUAUGUUGUAUUAUUGGUUCUGUUCUUGUCAAGUGCGCACUUUUUUUAGGUGGUUGAGAAAGUAACUCAUCUACCCCGUACUUUUUAUGUCUUA